UUUCUCCUAUUAAGGUAACACACGUGCCUGGCUUUGGAAAAAUAACUGGCAAAAACCAGGUCACCGUGAUGAAAGAUGAUGGCAGCACUCAGGUUAUUAAUACGAAGAACAUCCUUAUCGCUACAGGUUCCGAAGUAACACCUUUCCAAGGAAUUACGAUUGAUGAAGACACCGUCGUAUCGUCCACUGGCGCGCUGUCUUUGAAACAGGUUCCUGACAAAAUGGUGGUAAUUGGUGCAGGAGUGAUUGGCGUAGAACUGGGUUCAGUCUGGCAGCGUCUGGGUGCCGAUGUCACGGCGGUGGAAUUCUUGGGCCACGUCGGUGGAUUGGGCAUCGAUAUGGAGAUAUCCAAGAACUUCCAGCGCAUUCUCCAGAAACAAGGGCUUAAAUUUAAACUCAACACGAAAGUAACCGGCGCCACAAAGAAACCGGAUGGAAAGAUUGAUGUUGC